AUGUCUAUCGAAUCGACCUCUUGGGCUACGGUUCAAGAUUUCCUGCAAAAGAGUGACAGUCAAACUGCCGACCAUUUCAAUCGAACUCAAUGGAGUGAGCUCUGUCGAAUUGCCUCGGGUCUCAAUGGUCAUUCGGAAUGUAUCGCUUUGGAUCAGGUUGCUAGCGGGCUUAAUAAUAUUGUUCGUCUACUGGAAUUCUCUGAUGGGACUCGUUGGGCGGCCCGGGUUCAUAUUCAAAGGAAUGCCUCCAUCCUCAUCAGCACUAAACUCGAAAAUGAAGUUGCAACAAUGAAAUUCAUCAAGGAGCAUUCCAGCUUACCAGUUCCCCGAGUUUUUGCACAUGAGUUUGACGAAAAAAAUUCGGUGGGCGCCGCUUUCAUACUGAUGGAGGUUCUUCCUGGUAGCGUCGCUAUGGACGCCCUUGGCGGCUACGAAGCCCAUCGUGGUGUGAUACCUAAACAACACCGACAAAACUUUUACCGCUCCGUCGCAAGAUGUCAUGUCCAGUUAACCUCAUUAAGACUCCCAAAGAUCGGGUCGAUUAUCCGUACUCAAGAGGGAAAAUAUGAGUGUGGUCCUCUACCAGGACUGGGUGGUCCAUUUGACACAGCAACUGCAUUUUUCGAGGCGUGGGCCGACAACGUCAAAUUUAAGUGGGAUAAAGAGACAAUCACACGCAUGAUGCAGAGAGGUCCAAUCCCAGCGGAACGAAUGCUGGCGAUUAUCGAGGACUUCCCACCACAGAUCAAAUCGAUAGCUAGCCAGCUGUCCUUGUGCGACAAAGGGCCUUUUCCUCUAGCCCAUGAUGACUUUCUUCAUAGUAACAUUAUGGUGAACGAGAACAACUUCGAUGUGACGGGAAUCAUCGAUUGGGAAGGAGCUUGUACGGUCCCUAUCGAGCUUCUUGCAUUUCCGGACUUCCUUACGGCUAUGCCUAUCUCCUUCGAUCUACCUCAAAAAUACGACCAGGAUGGGCAGCCCUUUGAUGAGGAACUACGAGAAUUAUGGCGUGAGCGAGGAGAAUAUAUCGAAAUGGUAAGAUCAGCCGAGCUCAGCGAUAGCCUGCUAUCAAACUGCCUCAGCAGUAAGAGGACCCAGGCCAUAGCUUAUUCGUAUGGCGCGUAUACUUGUGUUGGAAAGCUAGGUUUCUAUGAUCAAGUCAUGAAGGUUUUAGAGAGUGAGGAAGAGACCGCAGAUAAUUGA